AUGUCAUCUACAACUGCGGCUGAGCCAGCUCAGCCGGCAGCUCCGGCAGCUCCGGCAGCCCAGACGACAACAGCUACUGCCACGACUCCUGCUCCUCCAUCCACUACUCCCGCUUCUUCCAGCACCCAAGACAUUGCUGCUCCCCAGUCAUCAAAAGAUGCCCAACAAAAAGAAACGUCACAGGUCAUCCGACGGCCCUUAAGCAUAGAAGAGCUAUGCUUCACCUCCGCCAUGAGCUGCUUUGAGGGUUGGCUCAAGCUUGAUCCAGCCAUCGGCCCGCGGACCAUGCACUACGUCACCAAGUUCAUCUCGAGGACCCUCGAAAAGACCCACAACCUUAAGGAUGUUCGGGAGAAUCUGUCCAAGAGUGUCGAGGUCUGGCUUUGGCUCACCAAGGACUUUGCUGCGGCUAUUCCCAGCUUGACGACGCGGUCCAUCGGCCCUCUGUCCAGCUUGAACGACCCGGAGAGGAGUGUGACCCCGCAAGAGAGCACGACUUUGAUCAUCAAAAACUAUUCCUCGCUCAAGGAGGAUCUGCAGCUGCUGAUUAAACUGAUGCACAUUGCAAGAAAUCUCCUCGUCGUCCCUGAGCCAGAGAUUCCUCAGGACCUCUGCGCUGCUACACAAUUCGAUCAGAUGCUCUACCAGACGAUUAUCCUCUGCAUCAACGUCACGAGUAAGGCUUACGACGGGGACGUGCUAGAAGACUCAGCCCGCUCUAAGCUGAGCGAGAUUACCGAACUGUACAAGAAACUAUUAGUGACAUCUCUGCAGCAAGCACACAACUGGAUCGCCAAGAAUGACCGCAACAAGAUGGCCUUCUGGUCGACCGUGCUCUUCGACGACGAGACGCUGGCCGACGAGACCGAGGCGAACGACGGCGAGUUCCGCCCUGACGUUGCCAAGACGGAGGUGCAGAAUUGGUUCGAGAGGAACUCCCGGCUCUGCGAGAAGGCGCGGCUCCUGUUGCGCGAGUACGAGGCAAAUGUGGCCAGCCAUGGGUAUCCGGGUCACCUGCACCGCGACUCGCCCUUGGCCUGGAACUGGCUGCCCGAAGGAUCGGUGCCUGUUCGCGCCGACGAUGCCGAUAACGACACCAAGAUUACCCCCCAGUGGAACGAGGACGAGCCAGACAAGUUUGAGCAAGACAAAGCUUAUGGCCGCGUCUCGCGUGAAAUUGACACGUGGUGGCUGAAGAACAGGGAUCCUAACUACGAUGACUGGGUGGUCCCCAUGCCAACCGUUGAGUUUGCCCAGCAGCGGACCGAGAACUGCAAGGCCAAUCUGCUCAAUCGCUAUGUUCACUCGUACCGCGUGGCCGAGCACGAAGGCUCAGUUCAUUCAGCCGAGGGCGUUCAGUCGGAAGGUGCUGGGGAAGAGGGCAGAGAGGGUGGUGGCCAUUAUACGCAUGACUAUGGCGAGGAGAUGAUCGAGGAAGAGAGCAUCGACGAUGACGACUCAUACGGCGAAGGGCCAAUGAACGGUCUCCUGACUGAGGUGCCCAAUAUCCUGGAUCCGAAACAGAUCGAGGCGCUGCACAUGAUUGUCAAGUCAUGCAUCCUCGACAAUGCCGGCCUAGCCUUGAGCAGGGCGGGUGAAAACCUGCAAAAGACGCGAUGUCGCAUGUUUUUGGCUCUCGAGUGUGGCAGAAGCUUGCUGCGGGAGAUCCUCGUCUUCAUUGCCGUUUGGGAAAAGAGCGAGCAGUCGCUCAUCUUUCAGCUUACCACUCAGAUCGUCGAGGCCAUCCACCACAGCGCCUUGAUUCCCUUCGCCUGGCAGAGUCUGCGCAUCCCCAAGGACAUCAUGUCUCCCGCGCAGACUGUCCUGCUCAGGCUGAUCAACAACAUGUUUCGGGCCCGUAACAAUGACCCCCCUCCUCCCGACUCAAAGGAACACCUCCGGGACGUCAAGCUGCUUCACUUCCUUUUCAUCCAGUUCCGUAGCCGGAUUGUUCCCGAAUGCGUGGCGUUGAUGCACCUGCAGGCUCAGAUCCGCAACGGCCUAUGCGACCCGGCCGAUUUCCCCGUCGACAGCUGGGACAUGGAGCGUGCCAAAGAUGGCAUCCAGCAGUUCCUCGAGCUCUUUACCACAGUGAACGAGCUGCCUGAAACCCGCCAAUAUCUCAUCGAAUGGGAGGCAGUCUACGAAAUGAUCACCCUCCUCAAAGGCCUCGACGCUGGCGUGCAGAAGAAACCCAUGGUCGAACUCCCCGCCCGCUCAGCAGCCCAACGCCAUCAUCCCCCACCCCCUCCUCACCACGACGACCCCGACGCAGGCUACGACUCCGAAGACGGCCCUCUCGUCCCGGGCCCGCCUCUCGAAGAACCGGCCCACAAAUACCCCUGGGCCGGCAUCAAAGGCCAAAUCCUGCACAUCCUGGCCGGCCUGCUCCAACCUCCCCCCGGCCGCAGCAGCCCCGGCAAUCCCAUCGUACAACAUCAGAUCCUCCGACACAACGGCAUCAUCGCCCUGCUCAACUGCUGCGUCUACGACGACUACAACCGCUUCGCCCGCGAGCGCGUGCAGAUCUGUCUUAAGUGGCUCAUGGACGGCUGCGACGAGGCAAACCGCUACUUACGCGACCUGCUUGCCUCGGCGCCGCCCCCGCCCAGUCUCAGGCCUACGGCCGGAGAUGGGGGUCCUGCUACGGCGACGGUUAGGAUCGAUGGGAUCGCGGGGGAGGUUAAGGUUAGGCGCCGCGAUCCGGGGGAUCCGCCUCUUCCUCCGCCUAGGCAGGGGAGAGUACCUGGGGCGGCGGCCGUUGCGACUAUGAUGGAUAUGACGGAUGUGUUGCCGCCGGAGAAUACCUUGCCUCCGAUUAGGGCUCCGGGGGAGAGGGCCGGGGGAAGGAGUAGGCCGGAUGAGUUGCUGAGGGAUAUUAUUACAUUGGCAGACGAGGCGGCGAGGUUGGCGAUUGGGGGACGGGUGGAUGGGGAUGAGACGGAGGAGGAUGAUGACUUUAUGUAA